UUAGCCCCCCCCCAUUGAAUACAAUGAAUGAAAAUCAAUGUGAUGCACAGGCUUCAAUGCCUCUGUACAAGUAGUGCAUGAACUUUGUCUUGUUCUUCAUUGUACCUGACAUAAAAAUAAAUAAAAAAGUGCUAUUCUGUGCAUGUAAUCCUGGGCAGUGCAAUGGAUCUGUGGAAGCAUGAGCUAAAAUGUGGGCACCUUGUGAGAUAUUUGAGUCACUGUUUGGGACAGUUUUGUGUAGACUGAUAAUUAAAUCUCUGAACGUCUAUUUUAAUUAUUUUCUUCCAGUUAUUAUUUCCACAGGGGUUGUUAUUUACAAUGCCUGAAGGAAAGACUGAUAUGGAGAGGAUUGGAGAUAAAUAUGCUGCCCCUGGCUCCAAACCUUUUAAUGAAUCUGCCAGUAAAAACAGACAAAUGAUUCCUGGAGGCUCCGAAUUCAUGGCUAAUUUGUUAGGUGGACACUUUGAUGCUCAGUUCAAGAGAGUUUUUGAAGGGGAAUCUUACUCUGAUCCUUUCAAGCAAAGAAGACAGCAUCAAAUGCAGCAGAGCAAGAAGAAUUUGGGAGGAAAGCCAUAUCCAAAUGUAACCAAAGGUAAACCAUAUCCAUGCUCCUAUGACUCAAGAGAGCUUUGAAAGGUAAAAUAAAUAUUAGAUUUCAUUGAUAUAUCAUUUCAGAUGUGUCAAAAAACGGUGCAAAUUUGCACAUUAAAAUGUCAUGUUUGUUUCUUGCAUGUGGUGCUCGUGAGCCCAUUGUGCCUAUUUAUGUGAUGGAGGCGGAGAUAGCUGAGGCUCAUGGAGGCCCUAUAUUUUACAGAUGCCAUUAACAAGCUGUUUAGUACAGGUAUGGGACCUGUUAUCCAAAAUCAGUAUCAGAC